AUGUCUUGGGUGGUCUCGUUCUGUGGAGUGCUGGGGCUGUUACUUAUGUCUGUGCUAUCCGGACUCUUCGGAGACCUCCCCAGCCCCGAUCUCCGGGCACACCCAGGGGACCCCACCCAGACCGGCGUUGGGGCCACGGAACCUCGGCGGCCGCCGCCGCCCAAGAACCAGCGCGAACGAGCCCGAGCUGGGGCUCUGCCUUUGGGGGCGCUGUACACUGCGGCCGUCGUGGCUUUUGUGCUGUACAAGUGUUUGCAGCAGGGGAAAGAUGAGACUGCAGUUACCCAAGAGGAGGCAGACAAGGAAUCAUUGCAGUCAGAGCAACAGCUGGCCCAGUUGACAGAGCAGCUGGCCCAGACAGAGCAGCACCUGAACCACCUCAUGGCCCAGCUGGAUCCCCUUUUUGAGUGUGUAACUACUCUGACUGGAGCUCAGCAGGAGCUUCUGAACAUGAAGCUACAGACCAUUCAUCACCUGCUACAAGAGAGGAAGCCGGACAAGGGUGUGGAGGUUCCAGAAGCAGAGGCCACCAUGCCCUUUCCUGAGGACUUGUGUAUAGAGGAGGCUGGUGAGAGUCCGGCCUGGGAGGAAUCCAGACACUGGAGCACAGAGACAUGGAACCUAGCUACUGCCUGGGAAGUGGAGCAAGGGCUCAGAAGAAGAGGCCGUGCUGCAAAGGGCCUCUGUCACAGCCCCAGCUGGAAGGAAGGCGAGACAGCAGCUGAAGGUUUAGUAAAACAAAGCCUAUUCUUGUGA